AUGGCUUUGCUCCAAUACCAAGCGCCGGUUGACUAUGCCGCGCAAUUGGAUGGCUUCAAGGAUUUCCUUCAGCAUUUCAAGACCCUCCAGUCGACCUCGGAAGCUGCUGCGACCGAGGCGAUGGAGGAUCUGAACAUCGACGGAAACCGCACCAGCGAUGAAUACGACUUCAUGGACGAUAUUGACGACGAUGGCGCAGAGACUCGUGGCGCAAGGAGGCGCCGGGAGCCAAAGCUCAAGUACAUGCAGAUUUUGCAGGAUAUCGCCAAUCGAGAUGUCUCGAAUAUUGUCAUCGAGCUAGAUGAUUUGGAAAUUUUCGAAAGAGCCCUGCCAGAUGAGCAGAAUCUGAAGCUGGUCGAAUCUAUCCAGAAGAACACUAAGCGCUACAUCGAUGUCUUUUCGCAGGCUGUGGAUGCUGUCAUGCCCAAGGAGACUAAGGAGAUUACAUUCAAGGACGACGUGCUCGACGUGAUCAUGUCCCAGCGUGAGAAGCGCAACGAGACCCAAGAAAUGCAAGCAGAGGCCGAUAUGGAUACUGUCCCUGCUGCGUCUCUCUUCCCGCCAGAGCUGACUCGACGAUACACUCUCAACUUCAAGCCCCUCACACCCUCUGGUUCAAGCAGCGACCGUGCCGGGAAGCCGCUUGCUGUCCGAAACGUGCGCGGAGAGCAUCUCGGUAGCUUGAUCACUGUCCGCGGUAUCACGACUCGUGUUUCGGACGUCAAGCCCGCCGUUCAGAUCAACGCCUACACCUGCGAUGUCUGCGGUUGUGAAGUUUUCCAGCCCAUCACUACGAAGCAGUUCAUGCCUCUGUCUGAGUGUUUGUCGGAGGACUGCAAGAAGAACAACACAAAAGGUCAGCUGUUCUUGUCGACUCGUGCAUCCAAAUUUGUUCCUUUCCAGGAAGUCAAGAUCCAGGAGAUGGCCGACCAGGUGCCUGUGGGCCACAUUCCCCGCUCCCUGACUGUUCAUUGCCAUGGAGCUCAGACUCGGCAAUUGAACCCCGGUGAUGUUGUUGAUAUUGCUGGCAUCUUCCUGCCUACUCCCUACACGGGCUUCCGCGCUAUUCGUGCCGGUCUGUUGACCGAUACCUACCUGGAGGCUCAGCACAUCACUCAACAUAAGAAGUCCUACAAUGACAUCGGCAUGGACAGCCGCACCAUGAAGAAGAUCGAGCAGCACAUGAAUUCUGGCAACAUGUACGAGUACCUCUCGCGGUCUAUCGCUCCUGAGAUUUUCGGACAUCUCGAUGUUAAGAAGGCCCUGCUUCUCCUGCUGAUCGGCGGUGUCACCAAGGAGAUGGGUGACGGUAUGCACAUUCGUGGUGACAUCAACAUCUGCUUGAUGGGUGACCCUGGUGUUGCCAAAUCCCAACUGCUUCGAUACAUUACAAAGGUUGCCCCCCGUGGUGUGUACACUACCGGUCGUGGUAGCAGUGGUGUCGGUUUGACUGCCGCGGUGAUGAGAGACCCUGUGACUGAUGAAAUGAUGCUGGAGGGUGGUGCCCUGGUUCUUGCUGAUAACGGUAUUUGCUGUAUCGAUGAGUUUGACAAGAUGGACGACUCGGACCGAACUGCCAUUCACGAAGUUAUGGAGCAACAGACCAUUUCUAUCUCCAAGGCAGGCAUCAACACCACUCUUAAUGCCCGCACCUCUAUUCUGGCUGCUGCCAACCCGCUGUAUGGCCGCUACAACCCCCGUAUCUCGCCUGUCGAGAACAUCAACCUACCCGCCGCUCUUCUCUCCCGUUUCGAUGUCAUGUUCCUUCUCCUGGAUUCCCCAUCCCGGGAGAUUGACGAGGAGCUGGCCACCCACGUCACUUAUGUUCACAUGCACAACAAGCACCCCGAGACCGAAGACGCCGGUGUCAUGUUCACGCCUCACGAAGUCCGUCAAUACAUCGCCAAGGCCCGUACUUACCGCCCCGUCGUUCCUACCAACGUCUCCGACUACAUGGUUGGUGCCUACGUCGCCAUGCGCAAGCGUCAGAAGAAGGACGAGGCCCGCAAGCAGCAAUUUUCCCAUGUCACGCCCCGUACUCUGCUGGGUAUUGUCCGUCUCUCACAGGCUCUGGCCCGUCUUCGCUUCAGCGAAGAAGUCGUUCGUGAGGACGUUGACGAGGCACUGCGCCUCAUCGAGGUCAGCAAGGCCUCUCUCUACAAUGAUGGCGAGUCCGGUGCCGACCACACCCCCAGCAGCAAGAUCUACACUUUGAUCCGCACCCUGCGGGAAAGUGGUGCUGCCGCUAUUGGUGAUGAUGAGGAUAACGCCCUCAGCGUGAGACGUAUUCGUGAGCGCGUGCUGGCCAAGGGCUUCACCGAAGACCAGCUUACCACUACUCUCCACGAAUAUGCUGAACUGAACGUCUGGCAAAUUGCUGGAAACGGUUCGCGCCUGGUGUUCUUCGACGGCGAUGAUGAGAUGCACGGUUAA